AUGCCCGCCCCGCUCGACUUCUACCCGCACAUCCUGCAAAGCAUCCUGGACUAUGCUUCGGCACAAGAUGAGCCUGGCACGCUUGUCGCUCUACGACAGAGCAACAGCUUCUUCCUGAGCCGCACGACGAACCCGCUCGCGGUGCACGUCGUGUUCGACAGCACCGCCACCGAGUUCCAGGUGUACGGCGUGAGCCAGCACCUCGGCGUGCGCGGCACCUGGCCUACCUUUGGGGCACCCUUUGGCCGCUCCGCGAGCAUGCGCCGUAGGGAAGCCCCGGUGUGCCAGCCGUUCGACCGGUCGGCUCUCGCCUCGGUUGGCGACAUCCUCUCAGCUGCGGUGCUGCUCGACCUCAAGGGAUGGUUUCCUUCCCCAGCCCAGGGCCUGUUCUGGUCCCUCGACGUGCAGCGCGUCAAGAUGCUCCGCAUCUUCCACGUGUCCGCUAUGCCACUUGCAGCGGCAUUCCCGGCAGAGACAGUCGUCUACUUCCUCGGCUACAACAAGCAGGAGGACGUGACCGACGCGUUCUUCGCCUCGCCGAUUGGAGCAGCCGGCGCCACCAAGAUUGUAAUCAACAUCGAGUACGACCCCAACCUCAACUUCAUCAUCCCCUCGUCCUCGAUGAACCCGCAGAGCAGGUACGGAUUGCCCGGGUCGGUGAAGGAGCUCGUUGUCAUCAUCAAGAGUACCAAGGAACGCACGUCCCCCUCGGCCAGUCGAGACGCCAAUUCUGACAGCCAGUUCCUGUUCUCGUUAUUUCUCUACCUGGCCGCCUACAAUCUUCAUUUCGUUCGCGUGCAGUUCGUCAACCUGGUCAAUCUGCCCUCUGAUCUCAUCGGCUGUGGACAUUCGAGUCAUGGGGCCGCUGAAUCCAACGCCGAGAUAUGGCUGGGAGCGGCGCUCGAGUACCUCCACCCACCUCAGUCGCCUUUGCAACAGUACCCCGAGUUCUUGGAGGACUUUGGCCGGUACAAAUCAAUCACAGUUGAGGAGUAUGCCGCCCAGGUCGGCAGCGACAGGUCCUUCCUGGAGACAGAUGCGUAG